UUUAAAGAUAUAUAUUUUCUAAGAUUAGGGAAGAGUAAAAAAAUACAUGGAAUUUCUUGAGAAAGAAGUGGUUGAAUAUAUAGAAUCAGAGAAUAAAGGAUAUGAGAUUUUGAAUGAGGCAAAAAAAGAGUUUUUUUCAGAUAUUUUGUGUUUAAAUGAGAUGAUCCGAUCAUGUUUUAAUGAUAAAAUAAAAAAGAUCCAGAAUGAAGGGAAUGAGCGGAGAAAUGAAGAAAAAAGUCUUAAUAAAUAUAUAUUUGAUCAUUAUUAUAAGGUAGAAAGGGUUUUAACAUCAAUUGAUAGUAUAAAGAAAAAAUUAAAUUUGGAUGAUAUGAUUGAAGAUAUAAAUAAGCUUGAAAUGCAAUUAAAUUAUGUUAAAAAGAUGCUAAAAGAAGUUAAAGAAAUGGAUCAAUAAGUAAGCUAAAAAUUAG